UUUGAGGAUGUUGUAGUAUGAUAAAAUGAAGAAUAAUGAGAAUGCAAUGGAAGUGGAAACAAUAGCAAGCGACAAACAUCCCACUAAUAAGAAGGAAGAAGCGAGGAGAAAUAUGGAUUCGUUCCAGGGAUGGGUUACCGCUGGUUCCGCUUGGUUUCGAUCCGCUAAAGAAAAGACCUAUACAACAUUCGAAUCGGUCAAAAAGGAUCUUACUGAGUUCAGUGAUAUUGUAACCAGUGAAGCAAGCGCAUUGGCAAGUACUACUGUUGAAAGCGUCAGGCAGCAAGCGUAUAGUUUGCAGCAGAUUGUAAGCUUAGAAGAAGAGAAUGAUAAGCCGCAUAAAGAGGAGAGCAUAAAAAUGAAAAGUAGUACAAAUGAAACCGAACAAUCCAGCUCGACAUAUGCUUUUGGAUGGGCACCAAAGCUAGCUUCAAUAUCUACGAUAACAGACAAUUCGUGGAUCAAUGCGAUAGUUGAUGCAAUGAAAAAUAUUGCGCAAGAAAAUACGAUUGAGGAUGAGGAUAUAUUCACAGAAAACAUUUAUCCACAAAUAAAACCUAGGAGCAGACGUGAUUUACCUCAUCAUAUCUUGUAUGAAAUUCAAACGAAUCCAGAUACAUACAUGAAAAUCUCAGAAGGUGAUAAGGAAUUAUUCAAAAUGUGGUGCGAUGAUUUCAAGUUGAUUGAAUAUGACAGCGAAAUCAAUGCUUUGCUUGCUAACUGUCCCCGAGUGAGGGCCUUAUAUCAAGAAAUGGUGCCUGAAAAAAUUGAGAAUGUGGUUUUUUGGGCGAGGUACUUCUACAGAGUUCAUCAGAUGGAAGUGCUAAUUGAAUGUAAAGCUGAUGCUGAAAAACAGCUGUUACAAGAUGAUAAAAAUGAAACGACGCAAGGGCAAAAGCGGAUGAUAGAUUUCGAAAAAAAAAAAUGUAUUCUGAUGAAGCUGAGAGUUGUCUUGGUAUAGAGCUGACACAAAGUCAGAAGAGCCCAGAUAGACGAUCAGCAAUGGACGAAAGCUGGAGCCUAUGUUCCAGUACAAAUGUUGACAUACAGGAACUAUAUGAUGGAGAUGAUCCUCGGACGCCAAAACUUGGUUCAAAUAACUUAUCUAACAAGAGCGAUGGAUGGAUUAACUGGGAUGAAUAAAAAUUUGAUCAAUAACUUUCUUCAUGUAUAUAUUUCCGUUCCAUUCAUUGUCGUUCCUCACUUCCCUUCCCUUUCGAUCAUAUUCCCUUUUACUUAUUUUUAGUUAAAGCUCUGAUCGGAAAAUAAAAAUUCUUAUUCUCAAUUGGUACUUUACUGGUUUGACUAAAUUUUGUUAUGUGCGAAGCAAUGUUUCGUUACAUCUUGUUUAAAUACUUCAAGCUUGGUGGUUUGCAGUUUCAGCUGUUACUAAGAUAUACUGCUGCGGUAACUGUUAGUAUGAUGAGCCUCAAUAUCUGUUU